ACUGAGUGGAGUGUGGAUCUGAGUGGUACUGGUGUUCCUAUUCAGGCUCCAUCAAUGAAAUGUUCUCUGCAAGGUUCUCCGUCUUUGCCUGCAUUCUCAGAGGCUGGGGACUUUUCUUUAGGAGGUGUUUUUUCCUUUCACUACAUGAUGCAAACGGCAGUCAAUAACUACACUGUCAAGCCAGUGCCUCCAGUGUGCACAGGGAGCCUGAAUGCUCGAAACCUGCAGUUUUCUCAAGCAAUGAUCUUUGCUAUUGCUGAAAUCAACAACAGCACAGAGCUGCUGCCAGGAGUAAAACUGGGUUAUCAGAUUUAUGAUACGUGUGUAUCAGUGAUUAAAACCGCCCAUGUGGCCUUUCAGAUGAUGAAUGGUCAGGAUCCCAUGUUUUACAAAGACAGCAACUGUUCUCAGUCUGAUGUGGUGAUGGCUGUUGUUGGAGACUCUGGAUCCACAACAUCCAUCAGCCUGUCACGCAUCAUCGGGCCCUUCAGCAUCCCUUUGGUCAGCUACUUUGCCACAUGUGCCUGUCUGUCAAACAAGCAAGAGUAUCCAACUUUCUUCAGAACAAUUCCCAGUGACCAGUUCCAGGCUGAUGCACUGGCCAAACUGGUGAAACACUUUGGAUGGACUUGGAUAGGAGCUGUCCGCUCAGACUCAGAUUAUGGAAAUUAUGGCAUGGCGUCUUUUCUUGCUGCAGCACAGAGAGAGGGAAUCUGUGUGGAGUACUCUGAAUCCUUUUAUCGGACCGACCCUCGUAGAAAGAUUCAGAAAGUAGCUGAUGUCAUCCGCAGGUCAUCAGCAAAGGCAAUCGUGGUGUUUACAGCCUCUGGAGAUAUGAAUGUUCUGUUAGAGGAGUUGGCUCAGGACCCUCCGUCACCUCGCCAAUGGAUCGGAAGUGAGGGCUGGAUAAUCGAAACUUACUUAACAAGGUUCAGUUUCUGUGCAGGGGCCAUUGGAGUUGGCUUUCAGCAAUCAGACAUCCCAGGUCUGAGGGAGUUUCUUCUAGAUCUUUCUCCCACAAAAGUAGCUGCCUCACCUUUGCUUACUAAGUUCUGGGAGGAUGCAUUCAAAUGCAAAAUUGAAAAAAGUUCUAAUCCAGAGACAGGAGUAUGUGAUGGAACUGAAGACAUGGAACAUCUAAAAAACCCGUACACUGAUACAUCUCAACUAGGACCUACCAAUAUGGUGUACAAGGCUGUUUAUGCAAUAGCUCAUGCCAUUCACAACACAAUUUGUAUGGAAAAAAAUAUAACCACUCUUUGUGACAAAGGAACAAUGUUGACAUCUAAACAGGUUUUAAAAAAACUUAAAAAUGUCAACUUUUCUCGAAAUGGUUAUCCUGUAUCAUUUGAUGCCAAUGGGGAUCCUGUAGCUUUUUAUGAGCUUAUCAACUGGCAGAAGAGUGAGAGUGGAGUUAUUGAGCUGGUAACAGUAGGGUACUAUGAUGCAUCACUGCCUAAAGGCCAGGAAUUUCAUAUCAACAGAAACAUAACUUGGGUAGAUGGUGGAACACAAGUACCAGUAUCAGUGUGCUCUGAGAGUUGUCUUUCAGGAACACGUAAAGUUUUGCAAAAAGGAAAACCAAAAUGCUGCUAUGAUUGUAUACCAUGUCCUGAAGGAGAGAUUAGUAACACAACAGAUUCUCCAGACUGUUUCCCGUGUCCCAGUGAAUUGUGGCCUAAUGCACAAAGAGACGCUUGUUUCCCCAAACCUGUGGAGUUUCUUUCCUAUGAUGAAGUCCUGGCAAUCAUCCUGGCUGCAUUCUCUGUUAGUGGGGCCUGUCUGGCCAUCAUAACAGCAGCUAUUUUCUUUCAUCACAGAACAACUCCAAUUGUCAGAGCCAACAACUCUGAGCUGAGCUUCCUGCUGCUCUUCUCUCUGACUCUGUGUUUCUUAUGUUCAUUAACUUUCAUCGGAGCUCCCUCUGAUUGGUCCUGCAUGCUGCGACACACAGCGUUUGGCAUCACCUUUGUUCUCUGUAUCUCCUGUGUUCUUGGCAAAACUGUAGUGGUUUUAAUGGCCUUUAAAGCUACACUUCCAGGUAGUAAUGUCAUGAAAUGGUUUGGGCCUCCACAGCAAAGAAUGACUGUUGUUUUUGUUACUUUUAUUCAAAUUAUAAUCUGUACUGUGUGGCUGUUACUCAGCCCUCCAUUCCCAAUGAAGAAUCUGAGCACAUACAAGGAGAAGAUCAUCCUGGAAUGUGCAUUAGGUUCUGCUGUUGGGUUCUGGGCUGUGCUCGGGUACAUUGGCCUGCUGGCUGUUUUCUGCUUUGUGUUAGCUGUUCUAGCUCGGAAACUACCUGAUAAUUUUAAUGAAGCCAAGCUGAUAACCUUCAGCAUGCUGAUAUUCUGUGCAGUGUGGCUCACCUUCAUCCCAGCAUAUGUCAGCUCUCCUGGAAAAUUCACUGUAGCUGUGGAGAUAUUUGCUAUUCUGGCCUCCAGUUUUGGACUGAUUCUGUGUAUAUUUGCUCCAAAGUGUUUCAUCAUAAUAGUUCAGCCUGAGAAGAAUUCCAAGAGGCAUUUAAUAAAUAAAAAAUAAGUUUUAAAGGUAUUACAAUUUAGGACAAAAAAAAGUUUCACAAAACGACACUUAUCAUUUAGAGUCAAUCUCAUACAUUUAUUCCAGAUUGUGCUGCAACCAUCAAACUGAAUUAAACAUGUGUUUCUCCUAUGUGUAGCCUCUUCUUUAUGUCAAUAUUUAACUGGACAAAGUAAAUUUAAUGUUUUAUGCCUGCUAGUGUGAAUUUUAACUUUAACUAGUUUUCAUGCAAAUAUCUCAAAUUUGAUCUUGAAAAAAUACUAUAUAACUUUAUAAAUGUUUUCAUAAAUGCUCAAGAUUGUCUUCAGGCUGUUGUCAACAAGAAGUUAAAGAUACCGUCAGAGUUUAUUUCAGACUACAGUAAAAGACAAACUGUAGAAUGAUUUUAUACAGAACUAACUUUU